AGACAACUAUAUACACACAUUUUGAUCAUCAAAUCUCUUUCCCUUUUGUUGUGAAAUGGUUGGCCGCCGUUAAACCAUCGUUGCGAGAGACGGAGACGAAGAGGCGACCAUCAUCGUCAUCAUCAUCAACAACGUACUACAUGGGGCGUCGUCUCUUCAAAUGUUUAUGCAAGUGUUCUUCGUCGGGGGAUGGAUCAUUCAACCGAAGAGGCAAUGGAGAGAAUGACGAUGAAACAAUGUCGGCAUCUUUGGCCGACGGGCCGGUCCUCGUGGAGUUGUUCUCGUCCCAGGGAUGUACGAAGGCGCCGGCAGCGGAGCUGUUGUUGUCGAGGCUGGUGAGGGGAGAUUUUCAGCUGGACGCGCCGGUGGUGGCAUUGUCUUACCAUGUCGAUCACACAGGGUGGAAAGACCCUUACGCCUCGGGGAAUUGGAACGUGAGACAAAAGGCUUAUGUCGAGGCGUUAAACCUCGACGGCGUGUUUACGCCUCAAAUCGUGGUUCAAGGUAGGGCUCAUUGUUCGGCUGACGAAGAAGAUGCUUUAUUAUCCAUCAUUGCUCAUGCUCCCAGGUUCCCGGCUCUAAGAUUCAAGGCUAAUUUCCAAAGGCCGACAUCGGAGGCCUUGGAAGUAACCCUAACCGGAGCAUUGAGGUACAAGGUAGACAACAACGUCGACAACGUAAUGGUGGCCUUAUACGAGAGCGGGUUGGUGAACGAGUGCCUUUCCGGUGAGAACAAAGGCAAGGUGCUUUACAACGACUUCGUCGUACGGAAACUCGAGAAGCUAUGCACCGUCGACGACAUAUCCGCCAAGAAGACACUCUCGGUCACAGUCACUUUCACUCUUUGGGAUGGUUUCAAUAGCAGCAAGUGUUCCAUUGUUGUCUUUGUUCAAAACAUUUCUCGACAAAUUUUUGGUUCCCAGUACUUUCAACUGCCUGAUGAUUUGUGAAGAAAAAAAAUGUUGGAAAAAUGUUCUAUUGCAUGGUGACCAAAAGUGUUGUGUUU